AGAAGGGAGGAAUGAGUCCUACACGUAGUCACAUCACAUAUGAAAGAGAUUGCUUUUGAAAAUCGAAUCCUCUUCUAAUAUUAAAUCUUUCAAGACUGGAGGUUUUAAACAAGAAAAUCAAACUCGAUGCAAAAGAACAAAAUGGUCGACUUGCGAGCAAUCUUCUGGUUUGUGGUCAUAAGCUCUUGUGCUGUCGCUGCACCAACCUGCAUUCAGAGAUCUGAUUUUUUCAAAGCCAAUGGUCCUUACGACAUAAACCUCCGAGCCAUGCUCUCGUCUCUUCCUUCUCGUGUCAAGGAUAAUGAAGGCUUCUACAAGACUCCGUUCAAGCCCGGUCCAAACAUAGCACAUGGUCUGGGGAUGUGUAGCCGAGGUACUACAACACAGGAUUGUUCGGAUUGUAUCACGAGUGUAUCUCAUACCUUGCUACACACAUGUCCUAAUCAGGCAGAAGCUAUAGACUGGAGUUCUGGAGACUCGCUUUGUUUGGUACGCUACUCAAACCACUUGAUUAAUGGAUCGCUCGACGAAGACAUAAUAUGGGCAGAGUAUAUUGAGUACAAAUAUAACACAUCGUUCGGCCAAACCAACUUGACGGAGUUUAAAUCUACAUGGCAGGCUUUGAUGGAUCGUGUGAUAAACAAAGUUGAUGGUUCAUUGUACGCCAACAGCAUACAAGAGCUCGGGUCGUUCCCGUUCAGGAGCAUUUAUGCCAUCGCGCAAUGCAAUAAAGACCUAACCAAGUUGAACUGCGAGAAAUGUUUACAACAUCUUAGGAUAGAUAAUAGGUCAUGCUGCCGGGGGAUACAAGUAGGCUAUAUUGCAAGGACCAGCUGUUUCAUGCGAUGGGAUCUACAGCCAUUCUUGGGACUAUUCAUAAAUGGGAUGUUACCAACUCCCCCUUCUGAAUUAGAUAAUGGUCACUCUAACACAACCAAGAAAGAUGGCAAAAAUAUAUCUACAGGAUCUAUUGUGGCAAUUGCGGUUGUUUCCGUCGUCGUGAGCACUGUACUGCUUGCUCUUGGAUACGCUGUUUCUAGGAGGAGAAAAGCUUACCAAUCAUUUGCAAGUGAAAAUGGGUAUUUCUCUGUUUCAAGAAGACCUAGGAGGCCUUAUGGUACUGCAUCACCAGAUGAUGCUACGGAUGAUCUUACAGCGUCCUCAGGUUCGCUUCGAUUCGAUUUUAGAGCAAUAAAAGCUGCAACAAGUAAUUUUCAUAAGAGUAACAAGCUUGGUCAUGGUGGAUUUGGUGCAGUUUACAAGGGUAUGUUUCCGAAUGGAACAGAAGUUGCUGCCAAGAGACUAUCUAAACCAUCAGAUCAAGGUGAGCCAGAGUUCAAGAACGAGGUGCUUCUUGUAGCAAGACUUCAGCAUAAAAAUCUUGUUGGACUUCUCGGGUUUUCGGUUGAAGGAGAAGAGAAGAUACUAGUUUACGAGUUUGUUCCCAACAAAAGUCUCGAUCAUUUCCUUUUUGACCCGAUAAAAAGGGUUCAACUGGAUUGGCCAAGACGACACAACAUUAUCGAGGGAAUCACUCGAGGAAUUCUCUAUCUUCAUCAAGAUUCACGGCUCACAAUCAUACACCGUGACCUCAAAGCCAGCAACAUUCUCUUAGAUGCCGAGAUGAAUCCAAAAAUAGCUGAUUUUGGUCUGGCUAGGAAUUUCAGAGUUAAUCAAACCGAAGCAAAUACAGGAAGAGUAGUUGGCACAUUCGGUUACAUGCCACCUGAGUAUGUGGCAAAUGGACAGUUCUCAACGAAAUCUGAUGUGUAUAGCUUUGGAGUAUUAAUUCUGGAGAUUAUUGGUGGCAAGAAGAAUAGUAGCUUCCAUCAGAUAGAUGGUUCAGUAAGCAACUUGGUCACACAUGUUUGGAGGCUUAGGAAUAAUGGAUCGUUGUUGGAACUUGUAGAUCCAGCCAUUGGGGAGAAUUAUGAUAAAGAUGAAGUCAUUAGAUGCAUUCACAUUGGGUUAUUAUGCGUUCAAGAAAAUCCUGACGAUCGUCCAAGCAUGUCCACAAUAUUUCGAAUGCUAACUAAUGUUUCAAUUACUCUGCCUGUGCCUCAACCACCUGGAUUUUUCUUCAGGGAAAGAUCCGAGCCGAACCCAUUAGCCGAGAGAUUACUGCCUGGUCCGUCUACUAGCAUGUCUUUUACUUGUUCGGUAGAUGAUGCAUCGAUCACGAGUGUUAGACCUCGUUAAAAUUGGGCUAAUGAUUAACAUGAAUAUUUUUCAUAAGUCUAAAAAUAUGUUAUUCUCUCUCUUUCAAAAUACAUUGAAUUUGGUAUUAGUUACUUUUAUUUAUUUAAGUUUGGUGUUAACUUUAGUACUUUAAGCCAGAAUUUUCUUUGAAAAUCUAAACGACCUUAUUUUGAGAA